AUGUCCUGUAGGUGGCAGAAAUGUAACAAUUUUGGAUGGCGGCUGACGUAGAUCUUCAAAGAAGAAGAAGACGACACAGAAGAAGAAGAAGAAGAAGAAGAGUUUGGCUGUUAGCCGACUCUGAUAUCGUAGAGACUGUCGUUACCUCUAACAUGGAGAACAAGACAGAGGUCCAUCCCCAAGAACAAACCUGGUCUCUAGAUGAGGAGCCAGCUAAGCCCGCUGUAAGGAGGACCCGCCAGCGGAAUGCUGUUGCAAUGGGAAAGCGGGGCCAGAAAGGCAAAAAGCGGGGACAGAAAGAUAAGAGGCGGGGUCAGGAGGAGAAGGAGGGUGUGACAGUGAAGAGGACGUGGACCGGUGGGAAGAGGAGGUGGGAUAAGAAACAUUACUGUGUGUUCUGCCGACGGCCGCAAGUGAAGAUCGCACGUCACCUGCUGAGGAAACACGCAGACCAGCAGGAAGUAGAGGCUGCCAGCUCGCUGCCAGCAGGGUCCAAACAGCGCCACCUGCUGUUGGAGCAUCUGCGCUGCAGAGGAAACUACCUGCACAACAUAGAGGUGAUCAGGCAGGGCAGUGGAGAAAUCGUCCCAUGUCGUCAACCCUCUGAGGAAGUUGAUGCUAGGAGCUACCUGCCGUGUCCUCUCUGCCUGGGUUUCUUUCUUCGUGCAGACCUCUGGAAACAUCAGGCCUCCUGUCGUAAGAAGCUGGCCUCUGACAUGUUCAGCGAUCCCCCCUCCACAGUAGAGACCCCCUUGGACUCCAUUAAGUAUCCAAUAUCUGAGUGUACAGGUCUGACAGCCUGUAGCCCCACGGAAGAAACCACUCUAAAGCUGACAGAGGACACACUUCCUGACCCCUCAGUAGACGUUGUCACAUAUCAUGCUGGGGCCACAGAAGCUGGGAGCAAACAGCCCGUGACCUCUGACCUCAGUGGGGAUCUGAAUGUGACUUCUCUGCCUGCAUUGGACCUGCCCAGGAAGCGUACAAGGGUCCAGGCUGAAGCGUCCCGCCUCCUCCCAAUUUCCAGCGGUGCAUCUGAAAGCUGCAGUGAGGUUCUUCACCGCAUGAACCAGGACCACGUUUCGUACCAGGUCAAGUCUGACUGGUUGAUCUGUAAAUUUGGAAACAAGUUGAUGGGAAACCAGGAUGGCAACCAGAGGAGGUACGACUAUGUCAGUCAGAAACUGAGGGAACUCGGUAGGUUCCUCCUGGCUGCUAAAUCCCUGGACUCUCAAAUUCAUAACCUCCAGGAUGUUCUGGCUCCUGGCCAUUUGAGCCUGGCCUUGGCUGCAGCCAGAAAAGCGUCUGGGUACCGGUGGAGCCGCCCUCCUCUGGCAAUGAAGACGACACUGAAGACGGUUUGUGAGAUCGCUAUCGGAGAGAGUCUGCAGGAUGGAGACUGGGAGGGUGCAGCUAGGACCACGGACUUCUACCACAUGCUAGGGAGGGACUGGGACAACCUGGAGCUGCUGUACCCUGACCCCGACAAAGAAGAAGCCAUUGUGAAGAAACGAUUAGUCCAAUCAAGAAAUGAGAAGUUUAAGGAUGGAGGCCGAGACCAGUCUGACCCCGGUCCAGAGGGUCUGUGUAGAAGUAAUGACAAAAGGUUGACCUCCAGGAUCCCACUAGAAACCAGACUGCAGACUGCUAACCCAGGACUCCACACAGUUCUGAUGGCUCCUAAGAAAGUGCGCCGUCGCCCCUGGUCAACGGCAGAGAAGGAGGCAGUCUGGAGACAACUGGGAGUCCAUGUGCUGUUCCAGUCUGUACCAGGGAAGGAGGUGUGUCAGCGCUGUCUGGACUUAGAACCCGUCCUCAGAGGGCGGCACUGGAAGGACAUCAAGAAUCAAGUCCACAACCAAAUACAAAGUCAGAAGAAGCAGCAGUUCCACGCCCAGGUGGACCUUCAGGCGAACCAAGAGCAACAAGACAAAAACCAGAAGCAGCAGCAGUACCAGGCCCCCAUGGACCGACAGGAUAAGGAUCACACCCAGAACCGAAGGAAACCGCAGUGCCAUCCACAGAUGGAUCAUCACAACCAAGACAACAUUGAAGAUCAAAGGAAGCAGCAGUACCACAUUCAGAUGGAGCACCAGGAACAAGACCUCAUGCAGAGCCAGAAGAAACAGCAGUACCUCACUAGACUAGACCACCAGGAAGAAGUCCAGGACCAUAAGAAGCAGCUCUACCCAAUGGAUCAGCCGACACAGGAACUACAGGCCACGCUUGAUCGAGACACUUCUUUACUUACACCUUAUGGACCUGAUGGGCCUCAUCGGGUCAUAGGACACCCCCCUGUGGACAGGGACCCAAUUAUCAGUCUAUACCCACUUCCACAGCGGACCCCAGCGCCUCACAUGGACCAGCUUCUAGGCAGAACUGAGUGGACUGAUGACUCUUUGGCACAGAACUACCCACUCAGCAGGCAUCUGGCCAGGAGCCUGAUCCAGGAAGUGGCCCCUGGGUCAGUGCUGCCCAACCCACACUCAGGACAUGUCCACUUCUGAUGGACGGGCCCCCAGGGGCCCCAGGCAGUUAUGACUGUAUGAGGUAGACAGAUUGCUGCUUCCUUACGAAGACAAAUAAGUGUCCUGUUGGCCUUCUGUCCUUUUUAAAUACUCUUGGUUUUGUCUACUCAAACAAACAGGAAAACUAUGGACAAUCAGAUGUGUCUACACAGCUUACUGAUAAAUUGUGUCUGAUAAUAUAAAGUGUAACUGUGGCCUUCAAAUCUAGAGCUUUUGAUCCUAAUUAUGAACAUCCUGAUUCAAACUGUUCCUGUAAUCCUGUAGGGAAGUCUCAGUUCAUUUUCAUAUACAGCACAAAGAGAUUUAGUAUUAGACACUUAUUAACUUGUACUUAUUCUGGACCUGAACCAUGGUUCCUGAGCUCACACAGGAAGAAACUUAGAAAGCUGUCGUAAAGUGACUUUAGGAGAACAGGCCCUCCCUCAGAACAGCUGGCGCUGAUCAAACAGAAUAUGAACUACGGGUGAUAAAUAUGACUCAUGAACAAAGCUGAUGAGGAAUGAAAAGUCAUUUUGGUUCUGUUGUUGACUUUUAGCAGAAGUGAGAAGAACAGUAAUAAAUUAGAAUGUAGCCUGUCACAUGCAGGACAGCAGCUCUGAGAUGGACACGGACCAGACCACACUCCAAUAAAAUAAAACUGCUCCCUGGUCAGUACAGAUACUGGUUUACAGAAUCCAUUAUGUUCUAACACCUGUAGCCACAAUGGAGACCUAAAAUCCACAGAUUUAGGUAAUGGAAGAGGUACAAGUUACUAAAGGUUCUAGACCACUGCAGACCCAAACCCUGCAGCUGUCUGUCUGCAAAGCUUCAGUUCUGGGUUUGCCCUGCUGUUUGUUUUAUGUCCUGUGAGGGUAAAUAUGAUCCACCUGCUACUGUUUCCUGAUGGCAGAGAUCUCCCCUUUUUGGUUCACAAACCCAGUUAAAUUUGAACAGAUUGUGUUUUCUUACUUUUUAUAGUCUUACUUUUACAGGUCCUCCCAACCCAGGACCCUACUCGGCCUGGUCCAUGAUUUAAUGAGCAUCUCAGCUUUACUAAAGGUCUGAGUUCACGGGUCUGGUUCAGGUUGAGAUGUUUUACACAAAUGGAAAAUGCCAGCUCAUAAAUAUUAAACACUGUCAGAUAAGG